AUGAGCUCCUUCACCUGGUCGGUGUCUUCUGACACUCGACAACGAAGGUCACUUGUGCUACACCUACGUGUCCCCAUCACGCUGGGUGUCUUCCUCAACUCCUACUACGACGUGAAGUUCAACCUCCUCGGGAUGGCUUUCGCCACCUUGGGCGUCCUGGUGACCUCCCUCUACCAAGUGUGGGUAGGAGCUAAGCAGCAUGAGUUGCAGGUAAACUCCAUGCAGUUGCUGUACUAUCAGGCACCAAUGUCCUCAGCAAUGUUGUUGUUCAUCAUACCCUUCUUUGAGCCAGUCUUCGGAGAAGGGGGAAUAUUUGGGCCCUGGACGCUUUCUGCUGUGAUAAUGGUACUGCUGUCUGGAGUAAUAGCCUUCAUGGUAAACUUGUCUAUUUACUGGAUCAUUGGAAAUACGUCACCUGUCACGUAUAACAUGUUUGGACAUUUCAAGUUCUGCAUCACUCUUCUAGGAGGGUGCCUCUUAUUUAAGGAUCCACUGUCUGUUAAUCAAGGCCUUGGGAUUGUGUGCACAUUGUUGGGCAUUUUAGCUUACACCCACUUCAAGCUUAAGGAGCAGGAAAGCAAUAAGAGUAAAUUGGCUCAGCGUCCAUGAAGCAAGUGUUUCUGGAGAUUAAUAAUAUUGUGAAGGAAAACAAGUAUUUAAAUGUGCAUUGAUUCUAGAAUGUACAAAAUUGCCCUCAUU